UGAUCUCAUCACAAACUUGCAAGAACAACAUGAAAAUUGAGGAACCAAACCAAACCAAAUCUAUCUUUGUGAGUUGUGAGAGCUAAGGAAGUUUUUCUGCUACUUUGUGAUGGAAAUUCAAUUCCAGCAUCCAAAGCAGCACUUGAGAGCAAACACACCAAAAGGAGGCAAAGUAUUCAAAGGGAGAAACAACAACAAAACCAAAAGCAAGUAUGUUGGGGUGAGGCAAAGAGCAUCAGGGAAAUGGGUUGCUGAGAUCAAAGACACAACACAAAAGAUAAGAAUGUGGCUUGGCACAUAUGAGACUGCAGAGGAAGCAGCCAGGGCUUAUGAUGAAGCUGCAUGCCUCCUUCGUGGAUCCAACACUCGCACCAACUUCAUCACACGUGUGUCCCUCGAUUCCCCUCUCGCUUCCAGGAUUCAGAAUCUUCUCAACAGCAGAAAUGGUACCAAAACCAAACAUCAAGAACAAGAUGUGGAAACUUGUCACACAAGGAUCAAGAGCAACCGACAAGAGUCGUCGGUUGCUCUAGCAGAAGGAACUUGUCCUCCACAACAUGGUGAAUUAAGAUUUGAAUCUUCGUUGGAAGACAUGUCCACGUUUAGUAUCCCACCGUAUAUUGAUCAGGAUUGUCUCCAAAAGAAAAUACUUGUGAAAAACGAGAAAAGAAGAAGGGUCAACAGCACCACUAGUACUGCAAGUGCUAGUACUAGUAAUAGUACUAAUUCAAGCAAUAAUAGUGACACAUGUGAGAACUCACUUUCUAGUGAGACAACACAAAACACACAACAAUUUGAUGAUGAUGAUGAUGCUUAUAGGCCUGAUUUGAGCAAUUUCAUAGGGUCUGAGUCAGGUUCUCAGAACAAUCCUUCAUGGGGAUUUGAACCUUCUUCUUUUGUUCAUUUUCCAUUUAGCCAAGUAAUGGAUGUGGCAAACCUUCCUGAUAUAGCUGGCUUGGAGCUUCCAGAUUUUGAAAGGAUGAAAGUUGAAAGGCAAAUAUCAGCUUCACUUUAUGCAAUUAAUGGUGUGCAAGAGUACAUGGACACUGUCACUGUUCAAGACUCUAAUAAUAAUGUAGCUAUCUGGGAUUUUCCACCCUUGUGCUCAUUUUUGUGUUAAGCCUGAAGGUCUAAGUAUGAUCCAGCAAAUCUUUCUUCCAAUUUGUCUACAGUAUUUUUUGUUCUUCUUUUACUUUAUUUCUGUUUAAAAAUAGGAAAGAAAUAGAAUUCUGUUUAACUGCUUUCAAAUAUUAGCAGGAAGAUAUGUGAGUUGCAUUAGCUGCUUGAGGAAUCCCUUUUCAGUCAUUAUUAUGUAAGAAGUCAGAGCAUUCAUGUA